CUUUUACUGUUCCGCACGCCCCGCGUGGUAAUACAACCAACAGUUAACGAGAGUCUAACGCGGGAGGUAGCAGUUGGAAUAGUCCUGUGUUCAUCACAAGUUUCAACUAGAUUUCAAGAGCACCAUGAGACUCAUUGCCAUAAUAUUUUGCUGUACAAUAUUAUCGAGUACGAUGGCUCAGGACUACAGUCAGCUUUUUGCUGGCUUUGGACCCUACUUCCGUGCUGUAACACCAAUGAGAGAUCCACGAUCCAACACCGGACCAGUUUUAUUCCCACCUGGACCACAAUCGAAUAAUGCUGAAACUAGUGGAGUAAUCGUUGGAGCAAGUGGAUUUGGAUUUGUGCCACCAAACUCAGGCUUUUUUUCGUACUACUAUGUUUAAAGAAACCUUGAGUGCUGCAAUCAUCGGAAGCUAUCGUCUCAUCCUACCAAAAAAAUAAAAGGACUUUAAAAAUCAAUCGUGGCCUUGAAAUGAAGAGAUACAUGACCUUGUAUUAUCUUUUUAUGAAAUUAAGAAGAGGGAAAAAAAAUUUCAUUUAUAUUUCAUUAGUAUCGAUGACAUUUUGGUUUAUUUUUAUUUUGUCAUUCUUAUCCCAGAUGAAGGAACCAAUUGUGCAAUUUCCACGUACAGUUAUAAAGUCUAAUGAUGCAAUUCUUUGAUGUGAAUUUAUUUCAAGAGCCACUGGAUUGAAUUAUCGAAGGCAAACAACGACGAGGGGUUUCCAAGUGAGUAAAAGGUGACGUACGACCUUCGUUAGUAGAAUAAGAGAAAUCAGUACUGGAUGCUGACUGUCCCAGUGAACCUUCUUGCUUAGGACUUUUAUCAUACCAUAGAAAAUAUUCAUUGUCGACUGGCAAUGAGGUCAGUUAAUGAUCUCAUUACCUUUACAAUACAGGUGUUUGGAAUAUAGAUCGUCGAAAGAAAAAGUUUAUUAAUAAUAAAAAUUUUAUUUGUAAAAAUUAUUCGUAAAAAAUUAUUGCAUUGCAUGGAAAAAA